AUGGCGUCCGGUUUUGGUUAUACCAGCGGUCGUCCGCGCUGCUUCGUGUACUGGCAGGAGUUCUCAAAGUGCUACGCCUCGAACGACACGCCAUCACAGUGUAACGUCCAGGCGGAGGACUACCUAGAGUGCCUCCACCACACCAAGGAGAUUGCGCGCGCCAAGACUGUCCAAGCCGAAUUUGCCAGGAAGGCGAUGCACCACGCAGAGGAGGGCCGCAAAGCGUCCGAUAUUCUCGCAGACGGCGUUGUGCUUGGUGUGGGACUUAUAGACAGAGGAGGAGACAAGCAUUAA